AUGAGUCCUCUCUUUCCUCUGAAAAGAAUUAAUGCCAUUUAGCUGAGUCCCAGCUCCACCACCUGGGUGAUGGAAAUAAUCCUUGCCUUUGUGGGGGGACUGGUGCUCUUUAUCCUGUUAGGCCCUUACUUCUCGCUGCCGCCUUUGAAAAACAGGAAUAUCAAAAAGAUAGAGAAGAGGUGUAGGAAGAAAAGCAAGAAGAAGAGAAGCAUUCUGAAAGCUUGUAGAGAUUGCCGGAAGAAAGUGGAGGAAACACAACAACUGGCUUUAAUUCUGCAAAGCCACCUACGAAAGUUCCAUGAAAACAUUACAUUUCUUCAGCUGUUACACGAAGAUGCCCCGGGUGAGGUAUUCAAACCAGGGCCUGCUGGAGCCCACCAGCCACCUCUGCAGAAUGUGGAACAUUCUUCUUCUACUUCCAUGUCCCUGUUGACCUCCAUGCUUCCCCUGACCAAGCACCCUCUACCUCUGGCAUCAUCCCUAUCCGAUGAAGCUAGAGACCACCAGCCUGGCUUGAACAGAGUCCCUCUGGGCCCCAUCCCACAGGGCUCCCUCUCAGGUAGCUCCUACUGGGCAUCCCUGGUCACAGCCAUCUCAGGACUUGACUGCAUAAGCUACUGCAUUCUGUUUUUCUCCUGGUGGUGGACAACUACCAAGGCCUUAUUCUUCUCCACCUGGACACACGCCAGAUCCCAGAAAGACAUACAUCUUUCACACCAUCCUCGAGACUCCACACUCUGGGGAGACCCCACACACCAGCAAGUAGAGGUUGGGGGCCUCUCUUUCAUCAACCCUGAUGUCCAGAAACUGCUGGAGAUGCUCAUCAGCAAAAGAGCAGAACUAAAACACAAACGCAGCCAGCUGUUCUGGGGCCCGCCCUCUCUGCACAGUGAGUCCCUGGUGGCUACUGCCCAGGUGCCUAAGAGGUCCUCCGCUGCACGAUGUAAAGAUGUUACAUUUAACAAAGUCUCUGACUCUUCCCCAGUUCCAUCUCUGGCUGAAGUACCUCCACAACUUUCCCAGGACCAGCCCUUGCCCAGCUAUGUGGCCCAAUCUCAAUUUUUAACACAAACACUGCCCCCAUCUGAGGCUCAGGCCCAGAACCACACCCACCUCACAUCCUUUCCCCCAAACCUACCACCUUCUUCUCCACCCCAGAAGAGGACCCAGAGAACAAUCUGCCCUACAUCCCAGGAGGAGGUAUGGCUUUUCAGCGCAGCUGAAAAUCAGCACGUGGAACGGCACUUGCAGAAGCAACAUAAACGGAAGGAGGAUUUACCCUCUUCACUCCAAAAAUCUCAGGAAGCCAACAGCCAAUUAGCUCUCAACCACCGUCAGCACAGUCACCCCUCCCUGACCCCCAAGUCAACCUCCAUCCUUCCCAGGGAUUCUAACAGCACCAAGCUCCAAGAGCGACCAGAGAAACACAGUCUAGGGAGGUUCACCACAGAUGCACACCAGCAUGGCCCUCCCUGCAGACUUCAAGCAUCCCAGGACUUGACACAGCCUCGGGGCAAAUUCCCAAGGAAGUGUUCUGGGUGCCAGGCUAAAGAUAAGCAUGGCCCCUUCCUGGCUGCCCGGCCCCCGGAACUUGCUUGUGAAAGCAGCAAAGGUGUGCAGAAGGUGAGGUCCAGGUGCUCUGAAAGAUUCCUCAAGGGCCCAGAGCAAGACCUAGAGAGGCACCCACAAGAUCUACCCUGGAAUUCAAGAGGCACCUCAGUAAAGGUUCUGGAAAAUGAAAAGGAGGAUUCAGGAAGUAAGAAACUUCUGGAAAAAAUCCUGCAAGACCAUCUGAGCAGAAAGUUGGUACAGAUCAAUGAGGGCAUAAUCCCCGUGUACGUGCGUGGAUCCUGGCUUGCUUCCAACUACGCUUCUCCCAAGUACAGCACCAACAAAAACAGUAUCAAUCUAGCAUCCUCCAAGGACCAGCUGUCUCGGGUGAACACCUCCCAGAAUCUUUCCUUCCUGGAUCCAGGAACUCACCUGAUGCUAGAAACAGAUAUCAUGAGGUCUCGAGUGCGACACAGGUGGAGUCCACACCUCCAGACCCUAGAUCCCCUGAGUCAAGACUUUGAUGAGAAACCAGCCUCACCCGUUUCACAGCCAGACCUUCCCUUGGUCCCCCGUGACUCCGCAGACGACUCCACUGCCCAGGCUGCCAGGUUCCCAGAAGGACUUCCUUGGAAAGGUCCAGGAGAGAAGGCAAUGAAAAAAAAGGCAGUCCCCACCCUGCAGAGUCCCCUCCCUGAGCCCUCACCUGCAGAGAUGCAGAAGGCCUGGAGAGGAACCCCACUGGGCGGCAGCCAUGAGCCCUCAGUGGUCCCUCCAGCUACCCAGGGGGACCCCCUGCCUUCUCAACCUCACACUUACAGUCUCUCAGGCAGCACCCAGCCCAGCAGGAUUAUCACAGGAAUGGCAAGAGGCAGCCUCGAGCCCAGUCCAGGCUUGAGAGAGGCCAGGUAUGAGCCAUGGGAGGAGAGUGGAGUUGUGGCCUCAGGAAUGGCAAUGCCGGAAGGCAAAGAACAGUCCCAGUCUUCAAGAUCUGAAGAGACCAGAAAGACAGAGGUGGAGAAGGAGGAGCCUCCUGAGAGGGAAGUCCCUCCCCUCCCUGCCAGAGAAACGUCAGAUCCUCCAGAAAGCUGUACUGAGAGAAGGAAGAAUCGCGUUUCGCAGUCUCUGCACCCCAAUAAGAAAGGCAGAGGGCAGGGAGAUUCCUUGCAAAAAGUCAAACCCCUGCCAGCCACUACCAAGAUCCAGAGAUCAGUCUCAAGCAGAGUGCCAGUGGAUGAUGAAACGGCUGAGGCCCAGAACAUCGUGACAGCUGUUGGACAGAUCCUGGUGGACAAGCUGGCGCAUCAGCAUUUUACCAUUGGUUUUACCAGCCAACUGGCAGAUGAAGUGCUAUGCAAGGAUCAAGACUGUGGGUACCAUCAUGUCCUCCUUGCUCCCUGGCCCUGCAUUGUGAUUCUAGCACCUUAA